ACCUAGGGUACUAUCCGUAUCGGCCGGGCAGUUACACCACCAACUUUAACUCACCUCAUCUAAAGACGGCGCGAGAGGGGAUUCAUUUCAUCGCUUUUAAGUACAUUAAUCACCCUUCGUCGCAUCUUUUACUCUUUAUUUUCCCAGAAGGACGCGUCGAAUUCUUCCCUGAAUCAUGGGAUUCUAUGACUAAUAUACAAUAAUUGCCUUAGCAACGAUAGACAGCGCGUCUACAACGUCACUUCCAAGUCGGCAGAAUAAACUCCAGUCCACACGCUUCAAAUGCCUUGGGUAUUACCAGCAUUCGACUCUAUACCUAUCCCGUCUUUAUACCCCCAAUACUUCCGAGCUUCAUAGUCAUCUUCGUCCUUUUAUGAUAGGCAUGCGACAAGGUCCUUGGUAACGCGAAGUGGCGCGACCCAGAGGCGUUAGAGCACUCGUCGCAAGAUACACCUAAUCCUACGCUGCCGCCUCUGACGUAAAUAAAAAGAAACCACGCUCUACUAAACAAUACUUGUCGACCCUACCUGCCGAAUCGGUAAGGCGAUGGCCAAUACGCAACUCAUGCAAGAAGAACUACAACAAAGCAUAGUACUAUCCGAAGAGGAUGCCGAGUUUGAGGAAGAUCUACCAGACGACCCAAUGAUGGUAGAUAGUAGCGGCCCCCUGCCCUCGGGCAACUCAGGGGAUUCGGCCUAUAUAGUAGCCGAUCAUAUUGUACCAAGUUACGGUAAUGAUAGUACUAUAGGUGCCAACAUGGUACUUGCAGACGAAACGGCUCCACACCACGACGCAGAAGGAGGAUUAGAUGGUAUGCCAGCUAGUGGUGGUGAAGCUGGUGAUCACGAUGGUGAGACCUCGGUCAGCGAUGGUGGCAUCCAUGACGAUGACGAUGCCUCUGAUGUUGACGCAGAAGGAGAGGACGAUGACGAUGACGCUGGACAACAUCACAUUAAUCCAAACGCUAAUUCUAGUGACGAGGAGGAUGUAGCGGAAGGAGCUGCUGACGAAGACGAAGAGGAAGACGAAAACGAAGGUGUUGGCGCCGUAAAGAUCAAACCUGGUGAUGAAGAGAGCGAUAGUGACGAUGAUAUCAGCCUGGCGUCAGGUUCCAGUCGGGAAUCAACGGCAGAAUGGGAAGAAGUUGUCGAAAAUGAUGAUGAAGAAGAAGAGGAAGACUCUGACGCUGCUGACCCUAAUAACUGCAUAUUCUGUAAAAAGGACGAGGAACACGAUCCGGGAGUAGAAUUCGAGGCCUACCUUGCAUGCAAGAGAUGUGGUGAACAUGCUCACCAACAAUGCGCCCGCGAAGAAGGAGCACUUGACGAUAAAAACAAUGCAUCAAUUUGGAGAUGCCCAGACUGCGCUGCUGGUGAUUCAGGAUCAGACUCGGAAGCGCCGUUCGAUCGUGAGAACGCAGAAGGCGAUCACGAUAUGGUGCUAGAUGGUGCUGAUGAUAGUGAUUUAUCCCCUACUGCAACCAGUCUAUCAACCGCUCCUAAACUUGCCCGAGAUCUACUCCCUUCUCAACGUGGUAUGAACAAGCCAGAUUCGCACUCUGUUUUUAAUCAGUUGGUACUCGACGAAGACCCUAUGGAUGGCUCGCGAGUCCUGCGAAAAAGGAAGACGUCGUCACCUGAGGCGGAGGUAGACGUAGAGGAAGUAAUGUCACUACGGAAGCGAAGAAAAAAUACUUCUGAUGAAUCUGCCCAAGAUGAAGUUAUACAGGAGACAGCAAAUUCGGCAGAAACAUCAAGUAGACCAAGGUCAGGGCGUUCCCUGCGGCACAAAGCAUCAAGCUCGGAGGCUCUAUGCACGAUAGUUAAGAAGUCACGCUCUAGCCUACUAGUAAAGAUGCGAGUGGGCGCUACGGAAUUACAGAAACUUUCACACAACUCAAGAGCCCGGAGGAGGAAACGAUCUGGCCGGGCAACCACAUCCCGAUCAUCUCGUUCAUCUAGAAAUGUCACGUCAACACGAGCUGCGGCUGUUGCGGAACCACCCCCAAUGACGCCAUUCUUUCCUUCCAGCUAUUCCCAGCCGUUUUACUCAUUUUAUGAUAAGGAGCCAGAUGAGCUUAAGGGCAAGCCAUAUGGUGGCAUCCUAAGCGAGGAACAGGCGGACACGACGAAGACGCUGCCCACUAAAGAUGACCGGCGCCGGUUCGAUGAGGCGAAACAGAAGGCGGAAGAAGAAUGGAGAAAUAGAUUGAUUGCUAUGCAAGCCGAAGCCGAGGUACCAGUGAAGAAGUCACGGAAGGCUUCUGGUCCUGCAAGCCAGAUUGAAUGCAUCGAAUUUGGCGGCUGGGAAAUAGACACGUGGUAUGCUGCACCGUACCCCGAAGAGUAUAGUCGCAACCGAGUCUUAUACAUUUGCGAAUUUUGCUUAAAAUAUAUGAACUCGGAUUACGUUGCCUGGCGACACAAGCUCAAAUGCGCCGCAAAGCACCCUCCUGGCGAUGAGAUAUAUCGACAUGGCUCAGUUUCCUUCUUCGAGGUUGAUGGUCGAAAAAAUCCAGUAUACUGUCAAAACCUCUGUCUUCUAGCCAAGCUCUUUCUCGGUUCUAAGACGCUAUACUACGACGUCGAGCCGUUCCUAUUCUACGUCCUUUGCGAGUACGACGAUCUAGGCUACCACUUCGUCGGCUACUUUUCCAAAGAAAAGCGCGCGAGUAGUCAGAAUAAUGUGAGCUGCAUCCUCACAUUACCCAUCCAUCAGCGAAAAGGUUACGGCCAUCUGCUUAUCGACUUCUCUUAUCUUUUAACAAAAGUAGAGGAGAAAACUGGUUCUCCUGAGAAGCCGCUAUCUGAUAUGGGUCUGGUGUCGUAUCGAAAUUAUUGGAGAUUGGUCAUGUGCAAGUACCUCAUUGAACACAUGCCUGAAAACAAGUUGCAGAGGAAGGGCCUGAGCAUUAGGCAGAUAUCAGACGAUACAGGAAUGACCCCGGAUGAUGUUAUCUCGGCCCUCGAGGCACUCCGUUUCCUCGUUCGGGAUCCCGUCACUCAAGUCUACGCGUUCCGGAUUGAUAUAUCCUACUGUCAUAAAGAAGUAGCGAAAUGGGAGGCAAAGAAUUACGUUAAGCUAAUUCCCAAAAAUCUCACAUGGAUGCCUUAUGUCAUGGGCCGUAGCAACGCUACAAAUUUCGAGUUAGGGCCAGCCCUUAACACGAUCGCUCCCCGCGAAGAGGACGAAGAGGUCAAAGCUGUCCAGACCCUGGAAGAGAGCGGCAUUGCGACCGGAGAUUUCGCCAUCCCGCAGCCUGCCAGCCAAAAGCCGCCUCUAGGCGCCGAAUCAUCCGUCCUCGAAUCGACGGAACCAAAUGAUAAUGCCAUUAUCGAGCCUCCUGAGGAUAUAAAACCUAAUGGUAUUGGCAAGGAAAAUGCAAACACUUCUGCAAGCCGGUCUGAAGACCCAAGUACUUCAGUUGGUGCUACUGCUCCUGCGAAUAUUGUAGACGACGAAAACGAUUGGCUUAAGCCAUACGAUACUAUCCCAGCCAACAGAUUCCAAGUUUUCCCUCCGAUAAAUAACAGGCGCACGGCCAUUUCACGCCUCAACUCGAGUAUUGCUAGACCGCCGCCUCUGCCGCGUAUCCCACCUCCAAGCUCACGACGAACUGUACGGCCCAAAGCUCGUCGCUCAACAGGCGGCGCCGCUGUUCGGAAGUCGGCUCAGAAGACAACUUCAGGUAAACGUAAGCCUGGCGGCACCGGGCGUGGUCCCGGUCGAUGGCCAAAGGGUACCAAGAAGAGUGAUUACGGCAACGCGGAUAGCGGUCCUGGUUUACCACCGGCGUGGGUUGAGCGAAAGCGACUAGCAGAUCUAGUAACUACCAUAGAUGAAAACGACACUCAAGACACAGUCCAGGUGCAAGUCACCGAGGCCAGCAAGAGUCAGAAGGGCAAGCAAGUCGCAUCCUUCUCUGCCAAGUUCGAUACCACAGCCGAUACUGCAACCAACAGCGGAGCCGCGUUGCCUAGCGAUGCUGACGCCGAUGUGGAUAUGAGCGGAGUUGGUAGCUACCAAGAGGACGUAGGUGCAGAAGCAGGAGAGACGUAAAGCACCGUUUAUAGUCUCGGGCAGGUAUUGUAGUUAUUUGUAUUGUAUCUAGUGUAUAGUCGCGAUGGGUUUUAGGGAUUCGUAAAGAAGAUAUUCAUUGAUUCGCGGCGCCGCGAGCUUAGGGAAUGCACAAAGCCAAGGGAAUGGCGUAUGGCGAAGAAAUUUAGUUGCGAUGCUGGUAGAUACCUAAUGGAACGUUUGAUUUUUAUCAUUCCUCGGU